GGUUUUUUGUUUCUGUUUGAGUUCGAAGUUUAUCCACCGAAUUUUUUCCUUCACGUUUUCCAAUGCUCCGAUGCACCCAACCCCACGCGCCACGCUAAUCUUCCUCCUUCCCUACCAUCUUCAUCGUCCUCUUCGCCUUCCACGUAGAGCCCCUCAGCGUGUUGUGCACUCCUGCUCGAGUUGACGCUCCCCUCUCGGAAUCAUCGAUAACCCUACCUCAUUUAAACUCUUCUAAUUUAAUCCAUCUUUCUUUUGAUUUUACUGGGAAAGUUUUGAUUCGAAUUGUUAAAGAUGAUGGGCUCUGAGAACCCUGGCUUCGAGGAAGCUCACCUCUUAGUUCCCCGUGAAGAAAUGGAAAACCUCGUUCUCGACGACCCACUCACCACUGACCACCCCAACAAUAACAACACCUACUCCAGUUUCCGGAGCGCCAACUCAUCAAUUUACGAGUCCACGCACCGUCCGCUUUCCCCGCCGGUGUUCUCAACUCCUGCCGAUUCCGAUCCCUUGCUCUCACCUCUGGUCUAUCAAAACCCUAACGCGUCUGAUAAUAACUCCUACAUCGAGCCUCCUUCAUACGCUGACGUCAUCUUCAGUCCUUUCGAUGACAACUCUGCCAAUGAAAUCAACCGCAUCGACUCCAAGUCUCAGGAUUCGGAUUCUUCCUUCUCACUCUCCAGGUCCCCAUCGUCCUGCUCUGAUUACAUCAAAAUCACGGUUUCUAACCCUAAAAAGGAGCAGGAGACCACGAAUUCACUUGUUCCCGGAGGUAAUACUUAUUACACUUAUCUAAUUACCACGAGAACCAACAUUCCAGAUUUUGGAUCGCCCGAAUUUAGUGUCAGGAGAAGGUUUAGGGAUGUGGUCACAUUGUCGGAUCGGUUAGCCGAAGCUUACCGUGGGUAUUUUAUUCCGCCGAGGCCAGAUAAAAAUGUGGUUGAAUCUCAGGUGAUGCAGGUGCAAGAAUUUGUGGAGCAAAGAAGGGUUGCAUUGGAGAAGUAUUUGAGGAGGCUUGCCGAGCAUCCGGUCAUUAGACUAAGUGAUGAAUUGAAGGUGUUUUUGCAGGUUGAAGGGAGACUUCCGAUGCCUACGAGCACCGAUGUAGCUUCACGGAUGCUUGAUGGUGCUGUGAAAUUGCCUAAGCAGUUGUUCGGGGAAAGUACCUCAGUGGAGGCACCACAUGAGGUUGUACAUCCGGCGAAAGGUGGGAGGGAUUUGUUGCGUUUGUUUAAGGAAUUGAGGCAGUCUGUUGCAAAUGAUUGGGGUGGUUCUAAACCACCGGUGGUGGAGGAGGAUAAGGUGUUUAUGGAGAAGAAAGAGUGGAUUCAUGAUCUUGAGCAACAAAUCAGCAAUGCUUCUCUGCAGGCCGAGGCUCUUGUUAAAGCACAGCAAGAUAUGGGAGAGACAAUGGGAGAAUUAGGAUUGACAUUUAUUAAGCUGACUAAGUUUGAGAAUGAGGAGGCUAUGUACAAUUCUCAGAGAGUGCGGGCUGCUGACAUGAAAUGUUUAGCUACGGCUGCAGUCAAAGCUAGCAGAUUUUAUCGAGAACUGAAUGCGCUGACUGUCAAGCAUUUGGACACACUUCAUGAAUACCUUGUGCUUAUGUUAGCUGUGCAUGGUGCAUUUGCGGAUCGAUCAAGUGCUUUAUUGACGGUCCAAACUCUCCUAUCAGAACUAUCUACACUCCAUUCAAGGGCUGAGAAACUUGAAGCUGCGUCGUCAAAAAUAUUUGGUGGUGACAGAUCUAGGGUUCACAAGAUAGAGGAGCUGAAAGAGACUAUACGGGUUACUGAAGACGCCAAAAAUGUUGCCAUAAGAGAAUACGAUCGAAUCAAGGAAAAUAACAGGUGUGAGCUUGAAAGGCUUGACAAAGAAAGACAUGUUGACUUCAUGAACAUGUUGAAGGGGUUUGUUGUAAAUCAGGUAGGAUAUGCUGAGAAAAUUUCAGAUGUGUGGGCAAAGGUUGCGGAGGAGACGAGUGAAUAUGCAAGAGAUAGCUGAUGAAUGUUUGAUGUAGAUUAACUAUUUUUCUAAUUUUUUUUUGGUCUUAUACUUUUAUUUAUUUAUUUAUAGUCCAUGUUAGGAGACAGUUUUAAAAAUAAGAAUAACAAGAAUGAAGAAAACGGAGGGAAUAGUUUGGUUAGUUAAUAAUAUUUUCAAUUGGACUGCUUAGAUUAGAGUAAAAAAA